AUGGCCACCUCACGCCCGUGGAUCCUGCUGUGCCCGGCGUCGCGGGGCAUUGGGCUCGCGCUGGGGCGCCACCUGCUGCGCAACACGACGGUGCCGAUACUGGCGACGUGCCGCGGCGACCCCGAGUCGACGCGGCACCGGCUGCUGGAUGGGCUCGUCAGCGCCGGCGACGACCCGUCGGGGCGGCUCGAGGUCGUGCGGCUCGACGUGACGCGCGAGGAGACGAUGGCUGACGCGGCGGCGGCGGCCGCCGCUCUGUUUCCCCCGCCGCCGGCCUCAUCUUCGUCGUCGACAGCUAGUGGUGCAGGAGGGGGAGGAGGCCACCACCUGCACCUAGCGUUCGCGCUGCCGGGCAUCCUCUUGAACCCCGAGAAGAGCCCUGCGCAGGUCGACUACGGCAGCGCGCUGGACACGUUCCGCGUCAACGCGCUCGGGCCGCUGCUGCUGAUGAAGUGGUUCGAGGGCUUCAUGCCGCGAAAGGCCACGCGCCUGGACCUGGGGAGCAACGGCGGCAGCGGCGGGGGCGACAUCGGCGGCUACGGGGGCAGUAGUGGUGGAGAUGCGCUGACGAUACCGCCGCAGUCGGUGUGGGUCAACAUGAGCGCGCGCGUCGGCAGCACGGCAGACAACCAGCUCGGCGGGUGGUACAGCUACCGCAGCAGCAAGGCGGCCGUCAACAGCCUGACCAAGAGCCUAGACGUGCAGCUGCGGGCGCGGGCGGGCGACAAGGCCAUGGCCAUCAGCUACCACCCCGGCACGGUCAAAACGGAGCUGAGCCGCGACUUCUGGGGCAGCGUGAGCAACGACGCCCUGUUUGAGCCCGACGACGCGGCCGAACGCAUGGCGCGCGUCGUGACGCAGAUCCGCCCAGAGCAGAGGGGGAAAUGCUGGGACUAUAAGGGGGAAGAAGUGCCUCCUUGA